AUGCCUGCUUUCCAGAAGCUCACACUCUGUAGCUACGACAGAAACACAAACAGCAUCUUCCCGGCCCUGGUACUGCACGACAAGGAGGAGGUGACCGUCACGGCGUACAAGACCAACGCCUUCAUUAAGGCAGCCGGAGUCAACGUGGAGCCCUUCUGGCCUGGCUCUUUCGCCAAGGCUGUGGCCAAAAUCAAUGUCAGGCCGGUAGACCCACUCCCGCAGCAGGUGCUGCCCCCCACGGGAGGCCAUGUGCCCACCACGGCCGCUAGUGCAGCUGAGGAAAAGAAAGUGGAAGUCAAGAAGGAAGAAUCCGAGGAGUCUGAUGACAACAUGGGCUUUGGGCUUUUUUACUAA